UAGAAAAAGUGAAACAACCUUCGAAAAUGAAAGUAGAAUAAAUGUCAACAUGAGCACACCUGAAUCGGCGGAGCAGACAAAUAGUACAGAAAACCCUACACAGGAAAAUGUUCGCAAAAUCAAAACAGUUUUACCACAUCAUAUGGCAGGGGGUCCUAAAGGACUAGGUGAUCCUGAGGAUAGAACUUUGCGCAAAGUGGAAGAGGAUACCUUGGUAGGAAAUGUAAUGAGAGAACGAGGAAAGAUUAUUUGUGAGCAGGAACUGUUAGAUUUUAUGGCAUGCUCAGAUGAACAUUAUGUAUUGUUUCCAUGGAGAUGCAGGACACAGAGCAAAAAAUACAAUCAAUGUUUAACAGAUCUGAAUAGUGAUCCAACAUUUCAAGAUGAGUGCAAAGAGAUUUAUCUCCAAAGAAGGAGGCAUUAUCGUUUAACAGGAAGAUUUGACACUUAUCAUGAAAAAAAUGAAGCCAUGAAAAGAAGACUGGAAGAGAGGAAGAAAAUGAAGGAAGAAAAACAGCGACAAAAAGAACAGGAUGAAGCGCAGCUUGGAAAUAUACAGGACACUACCAUGUUUGGAAGAUUUAGAAAUUUAUUUAGGUCAUGAAUAAAAUAUUAUGAAAUACA